UCGCUGGCUGGCUGGGCGCUCGUACCUUUCUCUCCUCGCAAGCUGUCCCCAAACACAGCUGAAGCAGCUGUCAAACAAGUGAAAGAGGGCUUGCGAGUCUGCAUGGCGGGUACGCGCUGCACGGUGCUGUGGCAGGAAGGCGGCUGGCCUCAUCUGACUGACGUGGUCUUGCAUGCGUUGAAUACCACGCACUUGGAGGCAGCAGGAGCACAACCUGCGACGCUCCUCUUUGCCCGAGCGCUCCGCACGACUACCGACGCUCACGGGGCCAAUGUCUCGGAUUGCACAUACUCCUGCCGGCUCCGGCAUGUUACCUAGCAAGCUUUGUUGUUGUUGUUGUUGUUGUGAAGGACGGAAAGGAACACCUGACCAUGCAUUCAACCCUGCCACGGCAUGAGCUCUACAAUCGACACACCCAUCAGGAUCCCGGCCUUUGUCGAGUGGCUGGCCACAUUUGGGAAUUACUCUGCGGCGAGCGCCGCUUGUCGCAACAAAAGAAGGCCCAUAGAAUCGGUGUAUUUCAGGGAUAACUCAAUGUAUAGGCAGUUAGUGGCAGGUCAA